UAUAAUCUUAGUAAAAUAAAAGUAAGACCAUAUUAAUGGAUAUACUAAUCAUUCACCUUAGACCAAUUAACUAACAACCUAGAACUAAACUACAAUAUGGAGUACCCCACAAGUCAAACUCUGUUGUUAUCGGAAAACCAUUUUGGUGCGGAAAAAUAUUUAACCUCUCCCUCUGAAAUAUCAAUGGUUUUAGAAUAAGACCACCUAUUUUUAUAAGAAAUAUAUAAAUACAGUAUCAUGGUUCUUCAAGUUGAUCUAAUUUGAAUGAUUUUUUUACUGUAACCAACCCUAUUUUAUAAUUAAAGUCAUAAUAUCAUCAUGCCUUCUAAAUCUAAUGGACCAAAAUUCGUUAAUGGUCAGUUGCAAAUUCUUGAUAUGAGUGAUGAAACCAUCACUGAAAACACCAUUGCCGUUAAUUCUCAACAUAAAGAUCAAAGACUCUUGUAUGUAAUGGAACGAUUAGUUCAACAUUUACAUGAUUUUGCUCGUGAAGUAAGAUUAAGUACCGAAGAAUGGGAAGCUGCCAUUCAAUUCCUUACCGAAACUGGUAAAAUGUGUUCUGAUAUAAGACAAGAAUUUGUUUUACUUUCUGAUACUAUGGGAUUUUCUGUUUUGGUUGAUGGUAUUUCUCAUCCCAAACCUGAUACUGCUACCAUUGGUACAUUAUUAGGACCAUUCCAUACUCAUGAUGCCGAAGAACAUGAACAUGGUACUUCGAUAAGUUCAGAAGGUAAAGGUGAACCAUUAUUAAUUGAAGGGUUAAUCACGGAUACAAAUGGAAAUCCCUUAGCUGAUACUAAAAUUGAUUUAUGGCAUUGUGAUGAAAAUGGAUUUUAUGAUACUCAAUAUGCUGAUCGUGAUGGAGCUGAUAUGAGAGGAGUUGUUCAUUCAAAAUCAGAUGGUUCAUUUGUUAUAAAGGCUACAAGACCCGUCGCUUAUCCUAUUCCUCAUGAUGGUCCCGUAGGUAAAUUAUUACAAAAGCUUAAUAGACAUCCAUAUAGACCUGCUCAUAUUCAUUUUAUUAUUGAGAAACCAGGUUAUGAUAAAUUAAUUACUGCAUUAUAUCAUAAGGGGGAUAAAUAUGAAACUUCAGAUGCCGUAUUUGGAGUUAAAUCUCCCUUAUUAUUUGAAUUAGAUAAAUUAGGAGAAGAGAAGGCUAAGAAAUAUGGUAUGAAAGCUGAUGAUUGGUAUUUACAUUGGCAUUUUAAAAUUGUUACUGAUGAAGAAUCAAAAGAAUUAAAAAUUUCGAGAAAUAAAGAAGCUUUGAAAAAACUCGGUAGAUCUGAAUUAACUCUUAAUGAAGAUGGUCUUCCUGUUGCUGCUCUUGAUUAGAAUGAACCCCUAAUAGUUUGUAUAUGAUGUAAAUUUGCUUAGUAAAUACAUGAAUGUUUAUAAUUACU